AUGUCGUUAUCAACAGAGUUAGUCCACGCAGAUGACAAGCACAACAGAGUCACUGACAUAGUUUCUCCAAUCAAUGUCGCUACCACGUUCAGGUACGAAGAAGUUGAUUUGAUUCCAUGGAAUGAGCGAGAAGAUUUCAGUGUCUUGGAAAAGAAGCCUAUAUAUUCCAGAUUGGCUCAUCCAAACUCCCUUAGGGUGGAAUCUGUCCUUUCGAAGGUUUUGGAAGGUGAAGCCGUGGUGUAUGCCAACGGUUUGGCUGCAUACUUUGCUAUGCUAACGUAUUAUAACCCAAAGAGACUUUUUAUCGGUGAAGGGUAUCAUGGGUGCCGUAGUAUUGCUGAUAUUCACACUAGGAAUUGGAAUUUGGAGCAACACAAGUUGGAAAUUGAUGAAAUUUUGCAACAUGCGGGUAAAGGCGAUGUGGUUCACAUAGAGACUCCAGUUAACCCGUACGGGACCUCAUUCGAUAUCAAAGCUUUCGCUGAUGCUACACAUAGUAAAGGUGCCAUCUUGGUGAUUGAUUCCACUUUUGCACCACCUCCGUUGCAAAAUCCUUGGGAUUUCGGAGUUGAUGUAAUUCUACAUUCUGCGACUAAAUACUUCGGUGGUCACUCUGAUCUUUUAGCCGGUGUUCUCGCCGUCAAGGAUAAAGAAGUUGCUUCAAAAUUGAGAACUGAUAGAAUCUAUUUGGGUACAAAUAUUGCUAAUUUGGAGGCCUUCCUGUUAUUGAGAUCUUUGAGAACAUUUGAAAUGAGAAUCCAAACUCAAUCCGAAAAUGCUACCAAGCUUGUAUCCUACUUGAUUGAGCAUAAAUCUGAUUUCGAAGGUGUGUUAGAAGGUGUAUUCCACUCCUCGUUACAGACUGAACCUUUCGUUAAGGAACAAUUAAAGGGUGGUUACGGACCAGUGUUCGCAGUCACUUUAAAUUCAAAGGAACAAUGUAGGAAAUUCCCUCAAUUAUUGACGUGCUUCCAGCAUGCUACCUCCUUAGGUGGUGUUGAAUCUCUCGUUGAAUGGAGAGCCUUGACAGAUCCCUACAUCAUCCCCACCUUGAUCAGAGUUUCUGUUGGUGUGGAAAAUGUUGAUGAUUUGAUUAAGGAUUUCGCUAACGCUUUGAAGACUUUGCAAGGAGCAAAGAAUUGA